CACACGAGGUUCAACACACAUUGUAGGCCCCCAUUUUGAAAACUUGUAAAAAAAGUAGUCGUGAGACGUUUUUGUGAGAACGCCAUGGGUGUGAGGGUGAGGGAAAAACCUCAAUUGGUGAUGAAAGCAAAAGAGAAGAUUACAUGGAUAGCUCUGCUUGCUGUUGGGGUGUUAAUUUAUGGCUCACACUCAAUUUUAUUGAACCUGUGUAAGGUAGAUGGCAAGAUUCCAUUCCAGUCAACCUCAGUUGUGGUCAUGAUUGAAGCAGUAAAGUUAGUCCUGUCGUUGAUGAUGUACUUUGGAGCUACUCACCAGCCUCCUUCACCAAUGCUGAAUCAACGGAGCAAGGAUCAUCAAAGUUGGACUUGGGUUAACAGUCUCCUCUAUGCAAUGCCAGCUGUGCUGUAUGGAAUCAACAACAACAUCAUCGUCCAUGUCCCCGAUCAUAUGGACCCUGCAAGUUCUCAGGUCCUCGGUAACAUGAAGAUCGUCACUACGGCAGUUUUUUAUCGGUUAAUAUUCAAGAAGAAGUUUGCUUGGAGACAGUGGUUUGCAGUUAGUUUAUUAGCGGUUGCAGGAAUGUGCUACAGUGGUGCAGAAGUUCAACAAUCUUCUACAGGUUCCCAUAACACAAGGGAGGUCUUUGUUACCUUCACCGGUAUCCUGCUAAUGGCGGUGUACUGUAUCGUAUCGGGUGCGGCAGGCAUCACGACUGAGUUUAUACUCAAAUGGCAUUCACAGUCCUCACUGCAUCUUCAAAAUCUGCACUUGUAUCUGUAUGGUGUUACGUUUAACCUUGUGGCGUUUUACUAUUCAACAUGGGGCUCCAGUGAAGUGAGGUUUUUCGAUGGCUAUUCAACUUGGACUUUCGUUAUUAUCAUCUCCCAGGCAGUGAUUGGCCUGAUCAUGUCUGUCAUAAUGAAACAUGGCAGUAACAUUCUGCGUCUUUUCGUCAUCUCCUGCGCUAUGGUGGUCAACACGGUCCUCUCCAAGCUUGUUUUCUCGUUGCAACCAGGCAUAGAUUUCUGGCUGGCUUUUGUUCUGGUGCUCCUUGCCUUGUAUUUGUAUUAUAACCAAAAGAGCUAACGGUCAUUGAAGCAUAGGAGUUACAUGUACUUUAAAUUAUGUUUAAAACCCUUCAUCUAUUUUGUCAUAGUGGGCCUGUUGGGCCUUCAAGCUCGUGUAGAAUUAUGGACUCGAAUGCAGUUACUACACCAUCCGGCAUUUUUAAGUUAAAAUAAAAUCUUCUUUUUUUAUAAGUCCGGGAAAAACAACUGCAGUCAAGUUAUAUUAUGCAUUCAAAGUUGACUAAUUGGUCCAGUAUAUUGCUAUUCGGGGUUAAAAAUAACGACUGGCAGCCAUCAAUAUGUUCAGACCCUUUGUUUUGGAGGAUUAUUUCCAUUUAUUGGACCUGACCCCAUAAACUUUUACCAAACACUCGUUCGUACUCUGGUUUCACAAAAUUCAAAGCACAUCAGAGUGCACAAAAUACCAGAAAAAGCAUUGUUUUGUUUUAAAACAAAGCUAAAAAGGAAAACAGUGCUCAUUUUUAUAAAGUGUUUACAGUUUUUGUGUUGUUUGUCUAAUGUAGCAAACACAUUUUCUGCUUAUCUUCCCCCAAAGAUGUUUAAAUUAUGUUUUUUUUUUAAGAGUUAUGGUUUAAUUUGGUUAAAACCAUGUCUAGUAGACGGUUUUUGACAGGAAGAUAAAAUUGUAAACAAAUUCAAAGGGUUCAUUUAUGAGUGUUAGAAAGAAUUACACCAUGAAAAGGCAUAGAUCCUUGAAGAUUUAGAAAAACUGGAAAAAAGAAGACUGGUGUUUAAUUAAAAAAACAAUCCCAACUCAUUUACCUCCUGCACUUCAAGUUCUUAAAAAGACUUUGUUAUUGAUAGUUUUGUCUACCAAAUAAUGUACUAUUAAUGUAAUGUUAAAAUAUUAUUUAUUGAUUUUCUUUUUAAUAAACAAGCCUUCCAUAAGGA